GCCCUUCCCCCCACCUCCCGCCGCGAGUGGGUGACAGGGCUCCGGUCUCCACGCGUUUUAGCUGCCCCGCGCCGUGACCCGGCCUGGCACUGAGCCACGAGCGGGGGCUGUGCCCCUCCAGUUGCCGCGAGCGGGGGCUACUCUUCGUUGCGGUGCACAGGCCUCUCAUUGCAGCGGCCCCCCUUGUUGCGGAGACUGGCUCCAGUUCUGCCUUCAUAGUUCUCUGCCUUUACCCAAAAGCUGCAGAAAAUGAACAAAUCCCAGGGAUCAGUUUCAUUCACGGAUGUGACUGUGGACUUCACCCAGGAGGAAUGGGAGCAACUGGACCCCUCUCAGAGGAUCCUCUACAUGGACGUGAUGCUGGAGAAUUACAGCAACUUACUAUCAGUGGAGGUAUGGAAGGCUGAUGACCAGAUGGAGAGGGACCACAGAAACCCAGAUGAGCAGGCAAGGCCAUUUAUAAUCUUUAAGAACCAAACCCCAAUUGAAGAAAGAGAUAAUCUCUUUGGAAAAACACUUAAUCUUAGCACAGACUUUGUUUCUUUAAGACAAGUACCCUAUAAAUAUGACUUAUAUGAAAAAACUUUGAGAUAUAAUUCAGACUUACUUACUAGCGAUAGAAGCUAUAUAAGAAAGAAAGACGAUGACUGUAACGGAUUUGGAAAAGCACUCCUCUAUCUGAAGCAAGAGAAAACCCAUACUGGAGUGGAAUACUCUGAAUAUAAUAGAAGUGGAAAAGCCUUCAGCCAUAAAGAAGGCAUUUUUAAACACCAGAAAAUCAGAAAUUUGGUGCAACCUUUUAUCUGUAAUUAUUGUGACAAGGCGUUCUCAUUUAAAUCACUCCUUAUUAGUCAUAAGAGAAUACAUACUGGAGAAAAACCUUAUGAAUGUAAUGUGUGUAAGAAAACCUUCUCCCAUAAGGCAAACCUCAUUAAACAUCAGAGAAUCCAUACUGGGGAGAAACCCUUUGAAUGUCUUGAAUGUGGAAAAGCUUUCACCCACCAGUCAAACCUCAUUGUACACCAGCGAGCACAUAUGGAGAAGAAGCCCUACGAAUGCAGUGAAUGUGGCAAGACCUUUGCCCAGAAAUUUGAACUUACUACACACCAGAGAAUUCAUACUGGAGAACGACCCUAUGAGUGUAAUGAAUGUGCCAAAACCUUCUUCAAGAAAUCAAACCUCAUUAUACACCAGAAAAUUCACACAGGGGAGAAACGCUAUGAGUGCAGUGAAUGUGGAAAAUCCUUUAUCCAGAACUCACAACUCAUUAUACAUAUGAGAACUCAUACUGGAGAAAAACCCUAUGAAUGUACUGAAUGCGGCAAAACAUUCAGCCAGAGGUCAACUCUUAGAUUACAUUUGCGAAUCCACACAGGAGAGAAACCAUAUGAGUGUUCUGAAUGUGGGAAGGCCUUCAGCAGGAAGUCCCGACUCAGUGUCCAUCAGAGGGUUCAUACCGGGGAUAAACCCUGAGACUGCAGCCAGGUUGUACUGUGGAGAACCCUUCCAAUGGGGAGAAGCCUCGCAAAGGUGCUGAAGGAACAUGGGAACUCAUACUGAGAUACAAUCUGUCAACUCAAAAAUGUAUAAAAAUGAGGUCCCCUAAGAACAAUAUUGUACUGAUUGAUAGUUAGGUAUAUGAUACCCAACUAAAGAAUACAUACCAGAAUAUAUCCAAUUGUAAAUAGACAUACUUAGCUGUAUUACAGUGAGUUUUUUAAAAUCUUGAAUAAUUCAUUCAAUCAUGAAAUAUUCUGGCAGCAAGCAGCAUAAAGGAGCUAGAGACAGUACCCUAGGAAUUCAGUGGUUAUGUGCGAGAAUAUGCCACAAAAAAAACUGUAUAUUUUAGAUCUGCACAUGUAAAUUUAACAGACACUAAGAGUUUGAAAUUCUUGUCUUGAUAAUCAAAUUAGGACACAUCAAACGUGAUUUUCCAUACUGAACAUGUGUUUUUCAGUACCUUUACAAUCCCGUAUGCAUUCCAAAUGAAACACAUAACAGAUUUUCAUAUCAUGUAGCAUAUGUUUUCUCCUCCUCCUUGCUGGCAUAUAUAAGUUGGUAUGACCAUUGUUAUUGAGCUGCCUCUUCAGUCAACAGAAGACAAUGUUGUUGAAGUUUUAACCUUCUGGGUUUGCUGAAGAUUUCCUAGAAGUAUUAUUGACAUAAAUAUGCAAGUGUGAGAUAAUUAAGAGAGAUUGAAGAGAGUGAAAGGCAGCAGACGUGGGUUUUAUCACUCACUGUGCACCACGGAAUAAAUGGGCUGUGUAAAGAAUAACCACACCCAUCAUGCUCUUGUUAUUUUCCACUGGGAUAUUUACAUACAAAUGCAAAUGCAUGUCUUUUACCAAAAUAUUGUAUAACCCAGAAACUACAUGUAUUUUUGGGUGUUUCCCUAUUUCUCUUAAUGUUUUAUAAAUUGUCUUGCAAAAAAUAGGAUGCAUAUGUAGUUCGAGUGUUAAAUUUCAGAGACUUUAGAGGAAAAAUAAUUUAAGAAACUGUCCAUAAAUGUCUUAUAUUGCUUUUUAAAUUUUCCAUGUGCUUAGUCCACUUUAGAAAUAAAUUUUUGCAGAAUUCUGUUUAAAAGGAGGCAUUUCUUCCAUGAGUUUCAUUAUCAUCAACCAAAAGCAUUUCCCUUUGGAACCUGACUUAGUGUAAGUUACAACUUUGCUUUAAAGGCUCACAAACACUUCAUAAAUUAGACUUUAGUGAUCUCCCCAUAUAUUGAUUAUUAACCUAAAAAAAUUUCUUAUUUUUGCAUAACUCAAAGAUUCCAUUUUAGGCUUGAUUUCAAAUUCACCAGUUCCUUUCCUUAUCUAUCACAAAUCAUGCAUUAGAAUUGUAAAUGGCCACUGUAACUGGCCUUUUUUUCUUUUGUUUUUGAAGAGUAUUGAUGUGCUAUGACUGUAUAUGAACGUGAAUGAUUUUUCUGAACAAAUUUAUCAGAAUAUCCAUAGUCCAGUAAGUCUUUGUCUUUCUAAAUUGUCAUCUUAUCUAUACUAAUGGCAAGGAAGCAAGGGAAGAGGUUAACUUCCUACACUGCUGUUAGAAAUACAAAUUGUGACAACCUCCUUGGAAAUAAUUGUGACUGUCUUUUAACGUUAAGAACACACAUGCAGUUGACUCUUGAACAGCACCAGUUUAAUAUGCGCAGGUCCGCUUAUACACGGAUUUUUUUCAGUAAGUGCUACAGUCCUACACAAUCCACGGUUGGUUGAAUCUGUAGAUGCAGAACCUUGGAUAUGGAGGACUGACUUUAUACUUGGGUUUUCGACUACACUGAAGAUCCGUGCCUUUAACCCCUGUGUUAUUCAAGGGCCAACUCUACUCUUCAACCCAGCAGACUCACUUCUGGGAAUCCAUCCCUAAGAAAAAAAAUAAAGUGCCAGUACCUAAGACUAUGUGUUUAUCAAUGUAUAUUGUAUUUUUUGGUAAGGGCAAAAAAAGGAAACAAUGUGAAUGACCAUCAGUAAGGGAAUGAUUGAAUAAACUGUGGUAAAGAUAUACCACAGCUGGACAGUAUUCCAUGGGAAAGAGCGUUUAGGGGCAAAUGCCACCAAGACAGAUGGGGGGAGGGGGGAGAGAAAAAAAGUGUGUGUGCGUGCCUGUGGUGUGUGUGUGUACACCAAA